AUGGACGGGAACGGGUAUGCUUACAGCUACUCGCAUGGAUCAGCCUCGAAACCAUCCACUAGUAUGCGUCAGCCAGCGCCCUCGGCUUCGUCUUCCAGCGCUGCUAAGGAGACUCGUGACAGGAUAAAACGCUAUGAUGAACAGACAAGGCAGCUGGAGGAACAAGAGCAUCAACGAAUGCAGCAGUACAAAAUAGCGCACACGAGACAAGUGGCAGAGAAACGCAAGGUUAGCCGGCUUCCGGCGCCCUCGGCUGAAUUCAGGUCAUCCGCCAGGUCGGCAGAUUUGCACUUACCCACAAACGAAACAACUGACCACACAGGGACAACGUUUACUAAUAUACUACACAAUGUUUAUCAAGAAGUUGCCAGAGGAAAACUACAGAACACUGCAUUUAUGGAUUCAUGUGUCCCAUUUUUGCAGUCAGAAGCCCAGGGCGCAAAGACGUUUGUUUUGGAGGAAAAUCGUGCCGUCUCGGAAACACAUCAGCUUGCCAUGUGCUCCGUUCAGAAUAAGCUUCCGCCCUCCAAAAUGAAAGGUGGACCAGUUGACCGUCGUAGCGAUAAGCGGCACGCUAACGAAUUCAGUGUCUCUAGUACAGAUACCUCCAUAGCCAACCUUUCACAAGCCAAAGCCAAAACAUCAGCACCCGUAGUCCCGCCAGAAGAUGAAUACCUUACUUCCAUCAAUUCGAAUAAUGCUGCAGGUCUACAGCGAGCCAUUGAUGAUGUUCGCCAACUUCCAACAUAUGCAGAAUCUUCUGAUGAUGAAGACGACACAAACUACGCAGAUAGUGUCUAUGAUAAUGGACUGCAGCGGUACUCUCAAGCUGCUAUACCAGCACUUACCUCUUCGGCUCAAUUGGAGCCCCAUCUAACGAAUGACCAGGCCCACACGCACAUGUUUUUCUCUGCGUCUGCUCACGAGCAAUUAGCAAAUGGUAUCAUGCGACUAUCUCCUAUCUUACAAAACAAAGAAGUAGAGCUCAAAACAAGGCCAGCCCCGAAACCAAAGACAUUCGAGGGCCUAGAAACCGUGAAAUUGAAUCGAAACCUUGCCAAAUGCACCGAUGAUGAAGAGGCAUUGAAGAGAGAGCUGUCUGAACUGGACAAGAAACUGGCAAACUACUCUAUCGAUAGCACAAACGUAAGCCACCAAGCCGGGGUAUCUAUCUCCAUACUGUCUGACUAUCCUCCCAAGCGACCUUCUAAGACGUUAGAAGAUCUUGCAUACGGAUCACCUGAUGACGACCUCACCGACGAGCAGAGACAGAAAAAGCGCCUAGACUACCUUAAACACCAGCAGAUGCACGAUAGCAAGGCAGUAAAAGAAUCCCUUUCAAAUGCAGCAGUUGGUCCGCACCAACUUCGAGUCCAGAAUAUAGAUCAGUUGAAGACACAGCAGCAGCCAGAUCAACGACUGCCCUCUGCGAGCAAUAAAAGUAGCAAGGCUCAGUAUUCUGCUAUUGCGCCACUAAACAGCAGUACAAGCAAUACUAAUAUCUCCAAUAGCAACGGGCGUGGAAAGAGUGCGCAAGCAACAGGUCCCAUACGGCGAGUCAUGCGGCGCACAUCUGCAAAACAAAGUCUCUCUGAGCCAAAGCCCCUGCCUACUGUGCUAGCGUCAUCUGGGGGCGCUGAUGACUCCUCCGCAUCACAAGAGGUUCAUGUGUCGAAUCAUCAGCUUCUGAAAUCCCUCUUUUCGGGUCCCCUUGAUGUCUCUCAAAGUGUCGGGUAUGGUGUACUCAACGUUGUAAAGACAAAGAGCAGAAGUGGAGCGUACAAAAGCAGCCUCCCAGAGCAGCAAGACCCAGACUUGAAAGCCCAAGUGCACACAAAUAACCAUUCCUGCCACAGUGAAAAUGACGACGAGGACAGCGAAGUAAGGAUUGCAGUGGUUAAUUAUCAAGAAAAUUACAAUAAGAGAAGCGCUAAUAAAUCGGCAAAGCGCCAAAGUCAACAAGAUCGGAGAGGACCAAGAUCUAACAUGCAAUCUGAUUCAGAGCAACACGAAGACGAUUAUGCAAGCAAUAAUGACAAGAAUCCCGUAAAGUCCGUCGUUAGAAACCCUUCAAGGGAGCUUAGGCCAACUGCUAACAGCCACAACGAGGAGAAGGCACAUCCAUCACAAGCCUCGAGUUCCUCUGAAUACAAAGCAUCCGCACACAAGCUUACCAGACGGACUACACCGGCACCCACACCAAAAAAUCAGGUAAGGCAGAAAAGUGUGACAUUCACCGAUGAAAGAGAGCAUGGUGAAAAUAUUGAAGAAGAAAGAGAGAACAAGGCGAUCACCAUACCUUACUCAUCUCAAUAUGCCGGAUACCGGAUUCAGCACAAGGAGGUAGAGGCUCUUGAUAACGAAUUCAUUCCUAAGCAUGAUAACCUUACGGUAUCUGACUUGUUAGAUGAUGAUUACGACGCUCUAGAUGAUUAUGACUUCUCUGCAUAA